ACAUGGAGCUACUGCUGAGCAGCAGUUCUCUUCUCGGUGAUUCAACAAUCCGAAUUGCACUCGGUAUCAGUGAUGAACUGUGGAAAGAGACAUUUGCCAAGUACGAAGGACACCAUUCCUAGAUUGUCGCGCCAAUAAUCCUCAGACCCAAGAAUCGAGGUCUUAUACCUCUCAGGGACAAGAGCAUCUCCAGCAAGCCCAAGAUCGUAGCGAACUACAUGGAUGAUCCUGAUGACGUCAGGGUCCUCAUAGCUGAGAUCAGAGCCACCAUUGCUCUGAGCGAAACAAACCCAAUGCGUAAGCUUGGCUCGCGACUGAUUGACGUUGUGCUUCCCUCCUGCGAGCAGCAUCCAUUUAACUCCGAUGCCUAUUGGGAAUGUGCGUUGCGCACUUGGACCUUGACCCUCUAUCGAUACUCCGGCACCUGCAAAAUGCGACCGUGGAACGAUUCGACGGCUGUUGUCGAUCCUAUACUAAGGGUGAUCGGUAUCAAAGGACUUCGAGUGGCAGAUGCAUCUAUAAUACCCGAAAUUCCAUCGGCUCACCUAAGUGUACCAACUUACAUGAUAGCCGAAAAGUUGGCAGACAUGGCCAAGCAGGACUGGGGUUAUCCCACGGAUCCACUUCCAUCAUAAAUAAUGAACGAGAUCGAAAGGGAAAUCAAGGUGCUCCCAAGCUUGAAUUUAAACCUGGUACCAACUGCCAUUGUUUAGCUCGUAACGGGUGAAGACACGAGACAUCCCUGACAUGGAAUUUCACUGAUUUUCUCCAAAUAGCCAAUAACUAAUCACGACGUAUUAACAAUAGCAUUCGUGAUGGAGUUCGCAGCUACUUAAGCCAAAAUAUGCCCGCAAUGUAAAAUUUCCAAAAUUCUUGACUGUCCGAAAUAAAUGGGCCUUUAGACAAAAAUUCCUAUCUCUAAUUCACAAUUCUAAACCAUUAGACAGUCUUUAUAAUUGUCUAGUCGCAAAAAUACAAUUAACAAAAUAAAGCAAGGAAAUUUGCGCAAGGGUGCAGCUGCAGCUGCUUCCAUGUCUGACGAUUAUGUUGCGUCGUAUUGGAUUCUAUGAAUGUCACGAGUGUCACGAGUCAUCCAAUUAAUCCGUAGCUAUCAUAUUUAGAAAUAUCAACAUGUCUUAUGUUCGAUAAGUCACAGUCUAACGAUAAUAUUACAGUUUCUACGUGAGUGAAUGUGUUCACAGACGCAAACGCCCGCCAAUUUCCUUUUCUACUGCCAUUGUUUUCUUUUGGUGAUGAUUGGAACUUACUUAAAAUGAUGAUAUUUCUAAAUAUUUAAUAUUUAUUUUCUCGAGAACGCUGCAACCGAUUUCAUUCGGGCAAAUUGCAUUUUGUUCUAUUUUCAACGGAGAAUAUGUCAGUGCCCAUUGGGGAAUAAGUCGUGGAACACCCUGUAUAUAUAAUUUUGAAAAAUGCAGCAGUGCUAACUAUUUAUUUCGGACUAAUUAGCGUUUGCUCUAUGAAGUAAUAACUCCUAGAGGCACAUACAUAUAAGCUCUCCAAUUUUAUAAACUUCUGCCUCGUCCUGAAGUGACGAGAGUAUUCAGUCUUUAAAGGGGUAAUGGUUUAAAUUGGAUUGGAAAAAUUAUUAACUCUCUGCUAGCCGCGUGAAUUUUAUUGACGAGUUCAAGCGUGUGGUAGUUGUAGAUAAUUCUAAUUUAUUAUGAAACAGAACGCCAGUUUUUACGUUUUCUUUUAUCUUUUUUUUGAGUUUCACGGGCAUAGUCCUAACACGAAUUCUCCAUCGAGCACGAGAAACGGUCUACAAGUGUAGACCAAGCUUUUAACGAAGGGUUAAAUGUGAGAUUUAACAGUCCCUGAAUUGCUACGAAAUAUGGAACCAGUAGAGAGAAGGAUACAUAAAUUUUAAGAAGUCUUGCAGGCACGUCUGUAGAUGUAAGAAUAUUUAAAAAAUGCAAAUAAAAAUAAAAGAAACAAUGGAUAUGAAAUAGGUAGUAGUAAAUUGGCCAUAGUAGUCCAUUCCUAAGUUUCCCCUGUUCAGUGCUGA